AUGUUAAAAAAACACGCAAAUUCUAAGAAAUUGCACACAGAAUUGGCAAAGCUACAGGUCUCUUUACGGAAUUUGCAAUUGCAAGAUGAAUUAUUGAGAAAGGAUAAUACGGAAUUGCAAAAGCAAAUUAGUUUUUAUGAACGGCAAAAAAAAGCUAGCAAAGUUGAUUUUGAUGCCUUACAAUCAAUGCACAAUGCACUUUUGACGGAUCAUGAUCGUUUGCAAACAUUACAUGAUUUAUUAACUGUUGAUUACGACCGAAUCAAACAAGAAAAUUGUGAUUUAAAAUUACGGUUGAAAAAUCGAAAGGGAAACGCCGAAGAAUUAUUGCUGAUGAAAUCGGAAAAUGAUCGCGAUCAGAAGCAUAUCGAAGAGCUAAAGAUUUUACUUGCUGAAGAAAAAUCUCGUCGAGUGAAUGAAACACGGCGAUUGAAUGCUGAGAUAAUGUCACUUCAGUCUGGGCGAGAUAAAGAAUUACAAGGUGAGAAAUCGAUGGAUGAAAUCCGAAGGUUACGUAUAACUGAACAGACUCAGCGUUCUACUAUCAAUCAUUUAGACGCUAAAACAGGUGAUCUAAAUCGAUUGCUUCAUUUGAAGGAUGCUGAAAUCAAAAUGUUGCAGAAAAAAUUAGAGACUCAUAUGAGUGGAACAUUGGAUUCAGAUGCAAAAUUAUUAGUUGGAGAGCUUUGCCAUCUAUUAACGCAAUAUGAAGAUUUUCUACUGUGGAUUUUCAAUAGCAUGAAUUCUCGAUUGCCUGAAGAUAACGAUGACUUACAUAAAUCUACUAAUGAUCAAGAACGAUUUUCAUUCCUACGCUUUCGUAAAGAAAAACUGCUAGCGAUGGUAAAAGGGCAUUUUUGUUUAGGGAAAGGUGGCGAUUCAGUAACCAAUAAUUCAUCUGCAAUUUGGGGAGCAAAAGCAUUUAUUCCAAAGUCUACUGGAGCUGGCCAAUCAGUCUUGGCUAGAUCAACCCAUCGAAUAACAAUUAAUUAUGAUUAUGAUUGUAUUACGAUUAAACAUGGAAGAUCAUUCGAAAAUUUUCCCAUGGAAUUGUCGUGCGAGAUGAUAAGCGUGAGUGGUGUAAAAUCAAAUGGUUCUGCUGCUGAUGAAAGUAGUGUAUAUUCAACGAACGAAAGAAUUGAUGGCUUUUCACGAACAUCCAACAAUGAUUUAUUAUGCGAUCUAGAAAAUCGACCGAGUGGUUCAGAUUCAUUAUCGAGCAGAGAAAUCGUUAUAUUCUCGAAGAAAGAGAACGGCAAUCGCAGCUGUUUUCAAACAGCAAAAACAUUAUCAUCUUCGGCCAUACCUGAUGAAAUGAUUGAUAGGAUUAGUUUAUGUGGUUCUGAACGCGCUAUUGAUGUUGUUUCCCCAUCACAUUCUCUUCCACCGCGUCCACCAGUUCGGUCUUCUCCAAGUGCUCGGUUAUCUGCUCCUAUUAGACCUCCACCACCACCAUACAAUCCCAAUAAAUUUGCAAAAAGGGGGACAAGUGAUGCGACUGUAAACAAACCAUCACCUCCUCCAUAUUCAGGCUUAUCACUGCAAACUGAGACCAGUACUUUCUUACCACAAGACAUCUCUACUCCAAAGAGCGCGACAUCGGUUCCAGUCGUGGUGCCUGAAGGUGAAGCACGAAAUUUUAUUCGACCUAAGGAAGAAAGAUCGGAAAAAGCGAUGAGUUUAUAUGAAAAUGUAGAAUGUGCGGAAAAAAAUGAAAGCACUGUUUGGUAUGAAUAUGGAUGUGUAUAA